AUGAAGGAUACAAGAGUAAAAGAAAAGAAAGCAUUCAAGACGAAACGUGAUAAUUACGCAAGGAAGUUGAAGAGAAAGAAACUAAUCAACUAUUUAGGAAGCGAAUUACGGAGUUGUAGUACGCACGGUCUGCCUUAUAUUGUAAACACGAAUACACAUUGGUUUGAGAAGGUAAUCUGGACUGCCAGUUUCGCAUGCUGUCUUGGUUUGGCAUCCUCUUUGCUUUUAUCUCAAUAUACACGAUACAUUAAUGCUCCUACUGUCAUGAGUGUGGAGAAGGACUAUUUCAAUUGGAAUAUUUCCUAUCCAGCCAUAACAAUAUGUCCAUUGGAGAAAAUAGAUGAAGAGGACUUAAGCACACUAGUGAACGAAACGCUGGAAAGUGUUGGAGAAGAUAUAACUUUACAAUUAAGAGCAAUUGUUUCAUUAUCGUUAGACUCAAUAGAAUUAUUAAGCGCGGACGUUUCAAAUCAUUCUAAGAAACUCAUAUAUUCAAACGACUACAUGGAAAUAAUAACUGCUAUAAGUAAAAAAGUAAAUAACGACUCCAUAACCACGAAUACCAACUGGCCUAUAUCAAUGGAAUCGUCCAUGACAGAAAUGGGAAUAUGCCAUGUCAUCAACUCGAAUGUUGCUGUAUUCGACAACCCUCUCCUACGAAAAAACAACUUAGAAUAUGUUAAAAAAAACAUUGAUCUCUCCAUAUACGACAGAGAUUUCUUUAUUCAAAUUUCUGAUUAUGCUAACGUCUACAAGGUUUACAUACAUCAUCCUGAUGAGAUUGCUACAAGUACAACGCCAUCAUAUAUUGUUAACAAUGAAGGUUUUACAUAUUUUGGAGUACAAGUGCGCAGCACCAGAGCUUCCUCUAAACUGCGAGAUAUACCCUUAAGCUACCGAAAUUGCAGAUUUUUUGACGAACCAGUAGGCGAAAGGUACCCUGUAUAUUCCUACAAUCACUGUAUGUUAGAAUGCAGAAUUCAAAUGAUAAUAAAACUCUGCGGUUGUGUACCGCAUUUCUAUAAAUAUAUGGAUAAUGAGAAAAUAUGUGAACUCUCUGAUCUCAAAUGUAUUAUAGACUAUAAAACUGAAAUCAUAAAACUGUCUACGUCCAAAGAGACUUGGGAUGUAUUUAUAAAUAAAAAUGGACUUCCUAGAUCGCCACGUGACUGCGGUUGUCUCGAUAAUUGUGAAAAAGAUGUUUAUCUAAAAGAACAAGAAACAUACAUAAGCCAAGGUGACUCAAGAUUAAGAAUUGGUGUAUCUUCCUUUCCGAAAGUCCGAGUUGUAAGGGAAAUAAUAUUCAGCGUGUAUGACAUGAUCUUGAGGAGUGGCGGAGUCAUAAAUCUGUGUUUAGGCACAUCCAUAAUUUCCGUAAUGGAGCUAUUAAUAAUAGCAAUAAAACUAGUGAUUAAACUACCACAACUUAUAAUAUAG